CCCCCUAACUUUCUCCGGCUGUGAGACAGAGAAUUUGCUUCCUCUUGAGAUGAUCGCUUUGUUACACAUGUAAAAUCUAGAUCUACAUCUUGAUCUAGAUCUAUAGAUUUGAACAGAAAGGAAAACUAUUUAAAGAAAAAGUGUUUUGUGUUAAUCUGAAAAAUUAUUUUCAAAAAAUGGAUUAAAUUAAUAAAUCAUUGAAUUGAGUGUGAUGCAUUUGAGUCUUUGACUGAGUGAGUUGAGAUCUAUAAAAUCUAUUCUACUACUAGAUCUACUACUAGAGAACUAAGUUAAGAAAUAUGUCGGACUUCCAAAAAUGUAAAGCUCUGUUACUGCUACAAUGACUAGAAGAGUUAUAAGAAAAAAGUAUUUUUGAAUAUUAAAUAAAAAGAAUAGCAGUCUCAAGUUCUUCAGCAUGGGGAACUGUAUGAGUGGCUCUAAGAAUGGAAGCUUUACCAAUGCAGAUACUGAAAAUACAAGCAGCCACAAUAACAGUAUCCCUGAGAGUGUUCCAGACAAAAAUGGGAAAACGAAAAGUAAAAAUAAGUACACACAUGAUCCUACAAGCAAUGUAGCACAGAUUGCUACAAACAAUCCAUCUCCUGAAUUACCACAUAUAGGAAUAACCAAGACUACUCUGAAAGCAUUGUAUGAUUACCAAGCCAGGACAGAAACAGAGGUUUCUAUAAGAAAGGGUUUACAGAUGGAACUUUUAGAUGAUUCUCAUCCUGAUUGGUGGUUGGUACGUCUUGCAAAUGGCAAGGAAGGCUAUGUGCCACAUAAUUUUGUGGCACUUAUGGACACAAUGGAAUCUCAAGAUUGGUUUUUUGGAAAGAUUACAAGAAAAGAUGCAGAGAGGUUACUUAAAUUACCACAGUCUCGAUUAGGAGCUUUCUUAAUUAGAGAAAGUGAAACAGAACCAGGCAUGUGUGUACUGUGUGUGCAUGAUGAGGACGCUAAGCGAGGGGACUGUGUGAAGCACUACAAGAUAAGGAAAAUGGACAAUGGGGGUUGUUACAUCACUUCCAAGUCUGUCUUUGCAACACAUGUGGAACUUAUCAAGCAUUACCAAACAAAAGAUGAUGGCCUCUGUCGAAGGUUGACUUCUCCAUGUCCUAAACCUAAGCCUGUCAUGCAAGAUCUCUCAGUGGAGACUAAAGACUUAUGGGAAAUCCCAAGAGAUACUUUAACCCUUGAAACCCUGCUGGGCUCCGGGCAGUUUGGUGAAGUCUAUAAAGGUAAAUGGAAAGGGACAACUGAUGUUGCAAUAAAAACUUUGAAGCAGGGAUCUAUGAGUGUCGCACAUUUUCUUCAGGAGGCUCAAAUCAUGAAGAUGCUUCGUCAUGACAGACUGGUGAGGCUGUAUGCAGUGUGCACUAAAGAAGAGCCCAUCUAUAUUGUAACUGAACUCAUGUCGAAUGGCAGCCUUCUGGACUAUUUGCGGAAUGAUAAACAUAGGAUGUUAACACUUCCCUUACUAAUAGACAUGGCUUCUCAGAUAGCCAAUGGAAUGGCUUAUCUGGAAGCUAAAAACUUUAUUCAUCGAGAUUUGGCAGCACGAAACAUUUUAGUUGGUGAGAACAACAUUGUAAAAGUAGCCGACUUUGGAUUGGCUAGAAUUUUGGACAGUGAAGAAUAUAAUCCACAAGGCUCACGCUUCCCAAUCAAAUGGACAGCACCAGAGGCUGCUCUGAGACAAAAAUUCUCAGUCAAAUCUGAUGUCUGGUCCUAUGGAAUAUUACUUUAUGAACUGAUGACAAAAGGCAGAAUUCCAUAUCCAGGUAUGGACAACAGAACAGUAUUAGAGCAGGUAGAGAGGGGAUACAGGAUGGAUAAACCUACAGACACACCUGAUGGAGUUUACCUGAAGAUGAGAGAGUGUUGGCAUGAGUUACCUGAACAGCGACCUACAUUUGUACACCUAUUUGAGUACUUUGACGACUAUUUUAUAUCUGUAGAACCUAACUAUCGAGAAACAGACUAACACUCAUAGAAUCACCUACUUAGUUUAACCUGUUUUAUUUAUUAAACACUAAUUAUGACUGUGAUUUUUAGAUCAUGUCAUCUCUUGGUGUAGUAAUGAGAUGUGCCAAUAUCAUUAAUCUCAUUGUAUAAAAAAAACAACUAAUUAUAUUGAUUAAACAUAAUGAAAAGCAUUUACAUGUUUAUAAUUUGAUAAUCAUGAUAAUUAAAGUAUGAUGGACAUUUAUGUAAAUAUUCUCAAGUGUGAAAACUAUUUGUAUGUUAUUGUAAUGCUACAGACAAACACACACUGUUUUGGUCUUUUUAUGUAUUUAUUUUAAUUUAUAUAUUGAGCUACUAGCUUGUUUGAGCUAUUCAGUAGGAUUGCAAGAUAUAUACAUUGAUAUAAUUAUUAAAUAAAUCUAUAAAAUAGAGGAGUUAGUCAUUUACAUGGCAUGAAAUAUAUUAAUUUAUUUAUUAAAACAUUAAAUCCAUUGAAGUUGUUUGUGUAUAUUGUACAGUAUUAAAAAUGUAUAUACAACACCAAUGCUCUGGGCUGUUGAUACACACAUUUACACUUUAUAGCUCACUCUAUGAAACAUCAUGAUAGCAUUUAAUGAGAGACUAAGAAGUAAAUGGGGUAGGUUAUAUAAUUCUCACAUCUUUCAUUUAUUUCCAUCAACAGGCAGGCACCACAUAGCACAAAACUUGAUUCUGUAAGUUGUGGGGGCCUCACUAUCUCUUCACCACUUCUCACGGUACAGCAAAUCAAUAAAUGUUGAGCUCUGAAUGUUCUCAUAAAUACAAUAAAGCCCCAAGAUGUUAAUGUCAAGUUUAUAAGAAUAUAUACAGAAUUCAAAUUAAACAUGGUAGCCCAAAAAUGUUAGUGUGAGGUUUAUUUAUAGAUAGUAUAAUUCAGAAUACACAUUUAACUCUUUUCUCUCCGUAAUUAUUUACCACAUUCUGGUGGAAUCAACAUUGGUAUCUUCAGUUAGGAGAGAAAGAGUUAAGUUAGAAGAUGUUAGUGUGAGGUUUAUAUACAGAUAUAUAAUUCAGAAUACACAUUUAAGUUAAAUUGAUGCUAGCUUGAGGUUUAUAUACAGAUAUAUAAUUCAGAAUACACAUUUCAGUUAGAAGAUGAUAGUGUGGGCUAUGUGUCAUUCAUUAAAACAAAUAUUUGGUUUAUUGUAAUGUUCAUGUCAAGACAUAAAAGUCAUUCAAGAUUACCCUCCAUGCUAGUUGAUUGUGUCUUACUACAUUAUAACCACAUUGCUGCUUGACAUUAUCCAUUAUUGAGAUCAUCCUCUAACUGAAGUUACUCCUUUAAUGGAAGUGCAAGCUGAAUAAUCUAUAAUCAUGUUUUUUUAAAUGUCCUUUGAAAAAUUAGAGCAUUUUAUUUUAUGUAAUAUAAUUUAUACAUAUGUAAGAUAAUGUUUAGAUAUAUUUCAUUUGCAAAUCCUUUUUAUAAUGAGUUUAAAAUAAAUUCAAUGUGUUGAUGUUUGCAUGUUUUUAAAUGGUCAAACUUUUAUUUGUUGAUUUAAAUUUGUUGAUUUUUUUCUUGCUCAUAUUGAUUUAUUUUAUUCAAUGUGCAACUAACAUUAUUUUUAUAAGCUCGAUUUAUUUCUCUAUUUGCUAAAGGGUUUGUAGUAAAUAAAAUGUUCUUUUUGCGAUUGUU